UGCCUGGCAGUGCUUCUGAUGAGGUGACAUCCAGCAGCGACCCUUCUGUGCGCUGUUGUUUCGGUGUGUUCUCUCGGGGACCGAGUCUGCAUCUCCGGGGAGAAGAGGGGCAUCACUGGCGGCGACCGGUCCCCUCUAGCUGGGUUCUGCUUGAGACGGCGCUGCCCGGGAUUCCUGGACCCAUCUCAGCUGCUUGUGGAGCCCCGGGGAGAGUCUAGCUUCCCACGGGAGUCUGUCAGAGGGACGGUGAUGACAGAUGGCACUGUCCUAAAGCCUUAAGUGCUUGCUUCCCAGAGCCCUGCCUUGUCUCAAAGAGAAGAGAACAAUGACCAAGUCACAGGAGGCAGUGACGUUCAGGGAUGUGGCCGUGGUCUUCAGUGAAGAGGAGCUGGAGUUGCUGGACGCUGCUCAGAGGAAGCUGUACCACGAUGUGAUGCUGGAGAACUUCCUGAAUCUCCUGGCAGUGGGAAGUCAGAGUCCAAACAAGAUGGACACUCUUGACUCAACAGGAUUAAGGCGCCUUUCACUGGGGUGGCUUCCAUGCUGGCAUAUGACAGGCCAUGAUGUCAAGAAACUGGCCAGCACUCCAGAUGUUGUAGUAAACAUUCAAGGAAAGAGUUCUCACUUCCUGAAGCAAUGUCCCUCCUCCUGCCAUGGGGGAACAGAAGAGCCCCUCCAGGUCUCCGAGGAUGAUGGCUGUCUGGAGAGUCUCACAAGUGACCAUUCCAGCAUUACCAAAAAUCAGGAAUUUCUGUCUGGGAGGGCUCAGAGUUCUUGGAGUAAAGCACAUUUUAGUGAGAGACGGAACCAUGGGAAACACUGUCCUCAGACUCUGGUGAAAACUAAGUCUCAGCUGUUGGCUCUCGGUGUUGACAUUCUGAGUUGCUUUUCCCAUCAAGAUAACAAUAUACUACAUAAAAGAGACAAAGUCCACAGCAGCGGUGACUGUGAUAAAGUCAUCUUUCCUAUGUCAUCCCUCACCCAGUCUCCUGUCUACACAGAACAGAAGGCCUACCAGUGCAGCAUGGGCCAAGACGCCUUCAUUGACAGCCCCAGUCUGGAGACUCAGCAGGCCCUCCUAGGAAAUAAGUCCCCUGUACAAAGUACAUAUGAGGACACUAGUUAUAGCUCCAGUGUCAUUCAACAAAGUGUCCCUCCAGGAAGAAAGCGCUACUGGUGUCAAGAGUGUGGCAAGGCUUUCAGUCAGAGCUCAAAUCUGCAGACUCACCAGAGAGUGCACACGGGGGAGAAGCCCUAUACCUGCCCUGAGUGUGGGAAAAGCUUUAACCAGAGCUCACACCUGUAUGCUCACCUGCCCAUCCACACUGGCGAGAAGCCCUACUGCUGCGACAACUGUGGGAAGGGCUUCAGCCGAAGCACAGAUCUCAACAUUCACUGCCGAGUCCACACUGGAGAGAAACCUUACAAGUGUGAGGUGUGUGGGAAGGGCUUCACACAGAGGUCACACCUCCAGGCCCACGAGAGAAUUCACACAGGAGAGAAGCCAUAUAAGUGUGGAGACUGUGGCAAACGCUUCAGCUGUAGCUCGAACCUCCACACCCACCAGAGAGUCCACACUGAGGAGAAACCGUACAAGUGUGACGAGUGUGGGAAGCGCUUCAGCCUGAGCUUCAACCUCCACAGCCAUCAGCGGGUCCACACAGGAGAGAAGCCAUAUAAAUGUGAAGAGUGCGGGAAGGGUUUCAGUUCAGCCUCAAGCUUCCAAAGCCACCAGCGGGUCCAUACUGGAGAGAAGCCAUUUUGCUGCAGUGUGUGUGGAAAGGGCUUCAGUCAGAGCUCUUAUUUUCAAGCCCACCAGAGAGUUCACACUGGGGAAAAGCCGUACAGAUGUGAUGUGUGUGGGAAGCGCUUCAACUGGAGCUUGAACCUCCACAAUCACCAGAGGGUCCACACUGGAGAGAGACCAUAUAAAUGUGAGGAGUGUGGGAAAGGCUUCAGUCAGGCCUCAAAUCUGCAGGCCCAUCAGAGUGUCCACACUGGCGAGAAGCCGUUCCGAUGCAAUGCAUGUCAGAAGCGAUUCAGUCAGGCCUCGCACCUCCAGGCCCACCAGAGGGUGCACACAGGGGAGAGGCCCUACAAAUGUGACACGUGUGGGAAAGCCUUCAGUCAGAGAUCCAAUCUCCAAGUUCAUCAGAUAAUUCACACCGGGGAGAAGCCGUUCAAGUGUGAGGAGUGUGGGAAGGAAUUCAGCUGGAGUGCAGGACUUACUGCUCACCAGAGGGUCCAUACAGGAGAGAAACCCUACACAUGUCAGCAGUGUGGGAAGGGUUUCAGUCAGGCCUCACACUUCCACACUCACCAGAGGGUCCACACUGGGGAAAGGCCCUACAUCUGCAGCAUCUGCUCUAAGGGCUUCAGUCAGAGAUCACACCUGGUCUACCACCAGAGGGUCCACAGUGCCGGGAAUCCCUAGGUCUGUUCUAUUAGGUGGGCUCCAUGCUGCUUCCCCACCCCAGGGGCUUCAGGAGACUUCACCAGGAUUAUUUCUUCUCUUUGAGAGAUUUUUUUUCUUUUUAUUUUUUCUUUUAUUUAUUUUAUUUGGGGGGGGGGUCGGGACCAGAUUUCUUUGGCAGUCAUGGAACUUGCUCUGUAGACCAGGCUAGCCUUGAACUCACAGAGAUCCACCUGCUUUCGACUCCUGAGUGCUGAGUGUGUGCCCAGCUGGGAGAUCAAUUCUUUAGAAAUGUCAGAAAUUAUGUAUGAGAGGAUCAUUGCUCCAUAAAUGUAUUGUUACCAUGUACAAGAGUUGUAAGGUUGCCACCCUCAGGAUAUGAUGGAGCAGGAAAUCUCAGAAUCCAUCCAAGUCUCCAAAAAGGCUGCAAGAAGUACUUUGACCACAGCUGGUGGCUGGCAGAACCGCCGCUGACUGAAGCAUCCCUUCCUCAUAGGAAGCUCCUCUCUGUAUCUGCUGUGCAGAGCUGCAUGUGGCUCCGGACCCAGCCAUUCCUAGAGCAAGUUAGAAAAGCCCCUGUAAGUAAGGCUCAAAUUUGAAAACACUUGUCAACCUUCAACCCUGCAUUCAUAUUGCUUCGUAUUCCCCAGUAAUCUUGUAAGGAGCCCUUAGUCAGCUUCUUUGAGGCAUGGUGCUGCCCAGUCAAGUCUGCAGUGUGAGACCUGCCUCUCUAGCAUGGUGCUUAGCACGGCGUAGCGACUCUGUACUGGAUGAGUGAGUAUUUCUACUUAAUAGACUAAAGCCAUGCUCUUUUUGAAAAUUCCAUAUUUAUCUGCCCAAUAAGGUGAACUGAAACUUAUUUGAUUGGAAUUUGGGGCCCUGAAUUCAUUGAGGGAAGAGCUUUUUUUAUUGUAAUCACUACUGCAAAUGUUUUUUACAAAGUAUUUGCUGAUGACAAAAAGGUUCUUAGUAAACUUGAAUUGUU